ACCAAUGGUAGCAGAGUUGCCAUGCCAUCUUUUAUUCGUUCCACGACUGAAGUGUUUCUCACUUUUGUGUUUUUGGAACUGUGAUCCAUUCAUCGUGUUUUAGGUUCACUUUAUUUAAGUACACAGGCCAUGAGAGUAGCUUCCAUCCUAUCUAGUGCACUUCCCGUUCAACAGGAAGAGAUUUGGACUCGAGUCGGAGAUCCGCGUUGGUCAUAGAGAGAGUGAGAGAAAGAGAGAGGAGGGGGGUUUCUUUGCUCGAGUAAUGGCGGCGUCCAUGUACAGGUCCCGCACUCUGAGCAAGAACGAUGGCCGUUAUCGCACACAUUUCCGUAUGAUCAACGAGCAGCAGGUGGAAGACAUCACCAUCGAGUUCUUCUACAAACCUCACACCAUCACCCUGCUGACCUGCACCGUGCUCAGCCUCAUGUACUUCGCCUUUACGAGAGAUGAUGAGAAUCAAGACAGCAAUCUGCGUGUAGGACUUCUAGUCAUUAUCUUCUUUUUCUCAGUUAUCAGUGUCCUUGCCUUCCCAAACGGUCCGUUUACAAGACCACACCCAGCAAUAUGGCGAAUAGUGUUUGGUUUGAGCGUGCUCUACUUCCUGUUCCUGGUUUUCAUCAUAUUCUUGAACUGGGAGCAGGUGAAGGGGCUCAUGUACUGGCUGGACCCAAACCUCCGUUACGCCAAGCGGGAGGCUGACAUCAUGGAGUAUGCUGUGAACUGUCAUGUGAUCACGUGGGAGCGAAUCCUGAGUCAUUUCGACAUCUUCGCGUUCAGCCAUUUCUGGGGUUGGGGCAUGAAGGCCCUGCUGAUCCGCAGCUAUGGUCUCUGCUGGACCAUCAGCAUCACGUGGGAGCUCACUGAGCUCUUCUUCAUGCACCUCCUGCCCAACUUUGCGGAGUGCUGGUGGGAUCAGGUGAUCCUGGACAUCCUGCUCUGUAACGGCGGAGGGAUCUGGCUCGGCAUGACUGUGUGCCGCUUCCUGGAGAUGCGCACGUACCACUGGGCCAGCAUUAAGGACAUCCACACCACCACGGGGAAGAUCAAGCGUGCUGUGCUGCAGUUCACCCCGGCCAGUUGGAUCUACGUAAGCUGGUUCGACCCCAAAUCCUCCUUCCAGAGAGUAACUGGAGUUUACCUGUUCAUGAUCAUCUGGCAGUUGACGGAGCUGAACACCUUCUUCCUGAAGCACAUCUUUGUUUUCCCAGCAUGCCACGUUCUGAGCUGGGGUCGCAUCCUCUUCAUCGGUGUCAUCACCGCCCCCACUGUGAGGCAGUACUACGCCUAUCUCACAGAUACACAGUGUAAACGAGUCGGAACGCAGUGCUGGGUGUUUGGAGCCAUUGCUUUCCUCGAGGCUUUAGCGUGUGUUAAAUUCGGACAGGACUUGUUCUCCAAGACUCAGAUCCUCUACGUCAUUCUGUGGCUCCUGUGUGUGGCCUUCAUCACGUUCCUCUGCCUGUACGGGAUGGUGUGGUAUGCCGAGACUUACGGGCCCAGAGAGAAGUGUUUGUCAGAGUGUGAAGACAGCGUUUACACCGAGACCGGAGACGACGUGUGUGUGAAAGGGUCGGACUCGGAGGCGCCUCCCACCACCAGGAGGAGAGGGAAAGCUUCCGGAAACGACAAACCCAUCAACGGAGUGGAGAAAUAAUGACCCUCUCCACACACUCGCUCCUGCAGGAACCGAGGAGGGAUGAAGAGAAGGAUGAUGGGACAGAAAGUCAACCUUUUGCACAAACGGCGCUCCAGAGGUUGGAGGGAACGCGCGUAUCAGGACGACACGGCCGUGUCUUUGGUCCUGGGUUUGGCCAGUGUUGAGCCACCAGGUGGCGCUACAGACAUGACAGGGUGAAAAUCCGCACUGUUCAUGUUCACUGGAGAAAUUCUUCGAUAUUUUUUUCCCAUUGCAGUAUUGUCUCUGUGUCUCCUGUGUCGAAGAUAACAACAGACACACGUAGGUGUAGGCGUAGGCGUGGUGCGGUGUGUGCCGAUAUAUUUACAUUUCCAUACGAUCACCAUUUUAAAAAGGUAUCACAGUUUACGAUAAUAUCACAAAUAUUUGCUAACAAACAAGCCACAGACGGCUGUUUAACUCCAAAACUUUACCACUAUAAUCCAUAUUCACGCCCAGCGUUCCAGAACAGUCCUUAAGUAUUAGGAGGCGGGGCUUAGAGGAAAGGGUGGGGCUAUACCGAAUUACCAUGUCGGUAAACAUGGUUUGGCUCAGGUUUAUGCUGUAGAUGACAGGAUGUCGCGGUAUGUCCCGAACCAUAAACGAUUUUUGUCUACGCUUUUAACCUUCAUUAAAAAAGAGAGAAAUUUUUUGUUCUGGUCAUAACACUUUUGAAUAUCACAGUUUGAUAAUAUAGUACGAUCGUAUGAUUAUCGGCACACGCCUAGAGUAGAGCACACGGUUCAAGCACUUUGUUUUAGCAUCGACUGAUCAGACCGUUUCGGUUCUGCUUCUAUGUUUGAUGAUGAUAAUGAUAAUGAUGAAGAUCGCUGCUAACUCGUAUCCAUUACCUCCAGACCACUGAAGCCAGUAUCCACAUUUCUGUUCUUUCUUGAAGCCUCUAACACACAUGUGCCUGCAUGAGUGUGUGUGUGUGUGUGUGUGUGUGUGUUUCAUAUCUGACACAUAUAACAUAUCGGACACAUAGCCUAAUAAUAUUCCAUUUUUAUAUAUAUAUAUGUAUAGUUGAUGUUAAUGAGGCAUUGAUGUGUACGAUUGUCAGAGUGUUUAAUAGAUCAUUCCUAUUUUUAUUUGUAUUUUUAUUUCUUUCACCCGACGACAAUCUUUAAAUUAUCGCCGCCACCCUGCGUGCUCCGUUCAGAUUUAAGGACGGCCAUCUGAAAUUUUUUUUGGGGGGGGGGGGGGGGGGGUUUAGAACAAAUUUCUAUUGAUGAUAAUUCAUAAUAUUGUAAAUUGUGACGUAGUUAUAAUGAUAUGAACGUUUAAUAUUAAAAUUUUCGCGCACACACACUUUCCACGUUACAUUUUCAAUGUUUUUAAGAACAUGCCUAAUCUGUCCAAGGUUGUUUAGGAAUAUGCUGAUGUUGUUGUUGUUAUCAAAUUUAGAAUGGUUCACAAUAUUAUCAGAGGACGCCGCCUUAAUCGAGUGUAACACACCUGAUCUUGCCUUCAGAUUUCGCCUAUUUAAUAGAAUAUUACUGUAUUUUUAAACUUUUUGAUGGAGUGAAGGGCUCGAAGUGAAUCAUAUUAUUUGAUUCAGCUCAGCAGUUUUUUAAAUAUUAAAAAAAAAAAUAAAACAUUUGGAGGCCAGUCAAAGUUUAGGAUGUUUACUCUAGCGCCGGUCGCUCUUUUGAGUAACUACGGCUGAAAUCGUUUAAUGGAAUCGUACUCUGCAUUCUAACGAACGAGAUAACAUCACUCGACAAGGCGAGUCGAUUCGGAGAGCCGAUUCGUUCGUACAAAACGACACGUCACUACAACUUCGACUUAAAUUAUGUUUGAUCAGCUGAUCCACAGAACGUGAUCGUGCGUCGUCAUCGUUAGCGUUUAAUUGAAUUAUCAGCCGUAUAGGACUUUAACACGCCGCUGAAAUCAAACUGACGUCAAUGACUCGGGUGCAGACUGUGAACACGGCUCGGUCCCUGGGUUCACGGACGAUAACUUACCAACGAUACCUGCGAAAUAUUUUUCAGUUAGUUCCUUUUUGAAUUUAACCAGUAGGUGUACAGAGUUUUUUUUUUUUUCUUUUCUUCUUCUUCUUUUUACGCUCAUUAAAUUUUAUUUGAGUUUGAGAAUGCACUUUUUUGACACUUCCAUCGUUCACCAUCUUCGCCAAGCCACGUGGAGCAAUCCCCCACUCUGACGGAGCAGAAAGCAGGCGGAGAAAAGCUCUACACAUUUCGUAAACACAAGCUGCCUGCACAUUUCAAUAUUCCUGAUAACUUCCUAAUAUCUUUUAAAUGUUUGUACGGGAUUUCCACGCCGCUACCUGUGUAAUUGUGUAAUGACGUAGAUCUGUGAUUAUUUGGAGAGUUUCCGAUUAAAAACAAACUUCUACCUGU